AUGUCGACUCAGGUCCAGAAAGCAGUCGGCAAGAACCCCUCGUACGCUCGCCCACCACAGCCGAGCUCGGUCGUCCCCGUAGUCCCUCCGCCCCCUUACAUCCCCUACACCUCCCCUCCCACUUCCUCUCUCCCACCUCCGCGCCUUCCUGAUCGACCACCAAUAGCAGACGUCCCAGCCGGAUGGACGCGGACGUCCCAUAUCGUCCCUGCUGCCUAUCCGAGGCGGUUCAAUGACUCAUUCGGUUCCCUCCGGCGCGAGAGCAAGCCGUUCCAGCUCGAACCGCCCAAGCAGGGCGAGACGAAAGAAGAGCGAUUGGCUCGGAAUGAGGGAGAGGCGCGGGAGUGUCUUAGGCAGCGGUUCGAUGCGAGAGGAUUCGAGAAUGGGGCGGCAGGGAAGGGAGAGGGGUUAUUUAUGGCUGGAGAGCGGUGGAGGAGGGAUGGGGCUAGCGAAGGGGUUGAGGGGGUCACGUUGGUUGUGACGCACGCAAAUGGCUUCCAUAAAGAGAGCUGGCAUCCGACUCUCCGGAGACUGCUCGAAGCAGACGCAUUUGACCCGUCCGAUACCUUCGGCGAGCCCGCGCUCAGGCGGACAUCGGCUUCAUCUUCAUCGAGUACGAAGAAGACACAGGUGGACGAGAUAUGGCUCUUUGACGACGUGCAUCACGCUGCGUCAAUAGACCUGAAUGCGGACCGGAUUGGCGGAGUGCACGGAUGGAGCGACGGCGGGAGGGAUAUCGUCAACUUCCUACAGCACGUCUAUGGAAGCGAAGGGGAGCAGUAUCCCGAUCAGGAGGUGCUGACGUGGAGGGAAGGGAAGGCAACCAAGAGGAGGAAGGUGAUCGGAGUGGGACAUUCAGUCGGCGGGAACGCGUUGGUCCAAGCAGCCGCCGAAGCUCCACAACUCUUCCACGGUAUCUUCCUCGUCGAGCCCAUGUGUCCUGCACACCACCCGCCCCGGUCGACCCUCAAGCUCGACGCCAACUUCUCCAAGGUCUGGCCACUCGUCAAUGCUGCCGCUCGACGCCGGUCAGAUUGGCCUACUCUGGACGAUGCCGCGAAAGUCCGCUCUUCGCCUUUCUACGCGAGUUGGCACGAAGAAACUUGGGCACUAUAUCUCUCACACGGGUUUGUUCCCCUGCCAGGACAGGAUGGGGCAGUCCAGCUCGCUACGCCGGCCUGGGCGGAAGGGUGUGUCUUUGCGGAGCCGACAGGCAUAGCGGAGGGGUGGGACAGGCUGGCGCAGCUGGAUGUUCCGGUGGGGUUCUUGAUGGCGGGAGAUAGCCGGUCGACGCAGGGCGAUGAGGCGACGGCGCGGAUGGUGUGGAGGCCGAAGCUCGGCUCGAAUGAGCGGGUCAUGGAUGGUGGUCACUUGCUCGUCCAGGAGAAGCCAGACGAGGUGGCUGACGCGCUUCAUCGCUUCAUUGGCGGCCUGUCGGAGGGCAUUCUGACCGUUCGGGACGUCCUAUCUCAAGCCAAGAUGUGA